AUGCCAACGAUAUCCGUGCACGAAGAAGAUCUUAUAGAAAAACUGGGAGAAAAAAUCGAAGAAGAAAAACUGAACAACAUUUGCUUCGAAUUUGGAAUAGAAAUUGACGACGUGGAAUAUAAAAAUGAGAAGAAGAUUUAUAAGAUAGAAGUACCUGCUAACAGGUAUGAUCUCGUAUGUGCAGAAGGAUUAUGCAGAGCGUUAAAAAAUUUCAUGGGAAAAUAUGAAAAGAUAAAAUAUAAUUUAUUAACAAAUAGUGAAGAUGCAUGUAUGAAAGAAAAUCAUUAUAUGAAUGUUAACAAAUCGGUAGAUGAAAGAAGAGGUUAUGUUGUUUCAUCUGUUUUGAAAAAUAUAAAAAUUAAUGAGAGUAUUUAUAAUAAUAUAAUUGAAUUACAAGAAAAGUUACAUCAUAACUUGGGGAAGAGGAGAACUGUAUUAGCUAUUGGAAUUCAUGAUUAUGAUAAAAUAAAAUUUCCUGUAGAAUAUAAAUUUGAGGAAAAAUCAAAAAUAAAUUUUAUUCCCUUAAAUGAAAGUGAAAAUUUGAAUGGAACUAAUUUGAUAAAAUUUUAUAAAGACAAUAUAAAUUUAAAAUCUUAUUUAAAAAUUAUAAGCGAUUUUGAAAAAUAUCCAAUCAUAGUAGAUGCAGAGAAUAAGAUAUUAUCCCUUCCUCCAAUUAUAAACUGUGAUCAUACCAAAAUUACGUAUGGCACAACAAAUUUAUUUAUUGAAUGUACAGCCAUUGAUAAAAAGAAAGCUGAAAUAGCUGUAAAUAUUAUUUGUUCAAUGUUAUCAGAAUACUGUACUCCAAAAUAUUCAAUUCAUUCUUUUCUUGUUUUAUAUGAUAAAAAUCAUAAUCUCGAAAAUGGAAAUAGGUAUUUAUAUCCUAUUUUUAAAAAUAAGACCUUGACAUGUAAGAUUGAUUAUGUUAAGAAGUUAUCAGGUAUUUCAGAUUUAACAGUAAAAGAUGUUGGACCCUUGUUACAAAAAAUGAUGAUAGAAACGAAAGUCAUCGAUAAUACAACAUUCAUUGUGGAUGUUCCUUUUUACAGAUCAGAUAUAAUGCACUGUUGUGAUAUUAUUGAAGAUAUAGCUAUUGCUUAUGGGUAUGGAAAUAUUAAAGCUGAAAAUGUUGUGUUUUCAAAAAAAAAUUCACUAAAUGCAUGCUCAGAAUUGUUCAGAAAUGCAUUGGUUGAAUGUGCUUAUACUGAAGUUAUGACAAAUGCAUUAUUAUCAAAAAGGGAAAAUUACGAGUUUAUGUUGAGGAAACACAAGGAAUACAACGACGAGAAGAUAAAUGUAGAAGAGUAUAAUCCAUUAGCACCACCUGUUCAAAUACUAAAUUCCAAAACAUCAGAAUAUGAAAUUGUAAGAACAUCUCUAAUUGUGAAUUUGUUAAAAUUUGUUUCAGCAAAUAAGCAUAGAGAGUUGCCAUUACGUUUUUUUGAAAUUGGAGAUAUUUCCUACACCACAUGUAACAAAACUGAUACCAAUGCUGUGAAUAAAAGGUACUUAUCCAUUAUCUUUGCUGAUAAGUUUACUGCUGGCAUGGAGGAAGCACAUGGUAUGUUAGAAACAAUUUUGAAGGAAUUUCAGCUUUUUAGCGAUUACAAAAUUGAGGAAAAGAAAAAGGAAAACAUAUCCAUAAGGUCUGACGUUUUUUACAAGUUGGUACAAAAGGAAGAUCCUUCAUACCUGAAUGAGAGAGUAGUUGACAUCGUUUUAUUUCCACACAAUUUAAAGUUUGGAAUUUUGGGAAUAAUUCAUCCCAAGGUUCUGGAAAAUUUUUCCAUCGACAUUCCAGUGUCUGUUGUAGAGAUAAACAUCGAGACCAUAAUGGACGUCCUGAUGAUCUGA